CUGUGGUAUUUUAGACGCUGAGGCAGCCAGUUGCUCUUGCCCAGAGCUUCUUGGGAGGGAAGCUUCUUGGGAAGGUUGUAGCGGCUUGGGGGACAAAAACAUUGCUUUGAAAAGUUACGGGCUAACCCGUUCAGUGACAGGCAGUAACAAUGGAGGAUGAUGAGGAAGAGUACACUGAAUAUGAAGAGUAUGAAGUGGAGGAGACUGUCACGUACCAUACAUAUGAAGAAACGGAAAGUAGAAAGGGGAACUUGAGUAAGGAGAUUUCGGAACCACGAACGACUAUUUCAAAGGUUUCGGAACCACGAACUGUCAUUAAACGGGUUUCGGAUCCGUCCACGACCACCACCCAGACCCAGCAGGUGCUAUCCGAAACUGGGUUACCUGUCCGACAGGUAAAAAAGAAACGGAAGGUUGACACCUCAAAGUUCAUGACACCGUACCUUGCGCACAGUCAGAAGAUGCAGAAUCUUUUUAGCCAGAACAAAUACAAAGAAAUGUACGAAAAGGAAAGAGGAAAGUCUUACGCUCACACCUCGGACACGCCAGAACUCAGGAGGAUUCGCAAGGUGCAGAGGCAGCUCAGUGAUGUCAAGUAUCGUAUGGAAGCAGACAAGACGAAGAAUAUCAGCCACCUCGAUGGACUAUCUCGGGAAGUUGCCCACGCCAAACAUGUCUCCCAAUUAGUCAGCAAGGUGUUGUACAAACAGAAGUGGGAGGAAUCCAAAGACGUGUACCAGCUGCCCCCGGACGCCCCUGAGCUUGUGCAAGCUGUGAAGUUUGCCGCAAUGUUCAGCCCGAAAUUGUACAAGGAAGACUGGGAACAGGACAAAGUCUUCUACUUUCCUUACUCUGACAGUCCAGAGCUCAGAAGAGUUGCGAAUGCUCAGAAAGUCCUCAGCGAUAUCCAGUACAAGAAAGGACACAAUGAGCGAAAGGCCAAAUACACGUCGCUGGCAAACCCACCAGAUGUGGAGCUUGCCAAAAAGGUUUUCAAUCAGCUCAGUGACCUUAAAUACCAUGAAGACCACAAGAAAAGUAACGGUAAAUGGAGUCAAACUCCUUGCUAUGAUGUGGCUGUCGCCAAAAUGAAUUCUGACAAUUUGAGCGCAAAAAAAUAUCAGGCGGCUUAUGAGGACAUGAAAGACCAACUUUAUUUCAUGCAAACGGAUACUCCUGAAUAUAGGGCCAAUAAGAAUGCCAGAAAUGCAGCCAGCUCGGUAAAGUACAGGGCGGACUAUGAGAAGAACAAAGACAAGACCGACUACAACACCCUUCCCGCUACGGAAAAUCCUCUUCUUCAACGGUUGAAAUCGGCUGGACAAGCAUUGAGCGAUAAACUUUACAAGAGUGACUAUGAGAAAGCUCGGGGCAAGAGCAUCAACUACUGCGACACUCCCAAGUUCCAACUUGACAAAGUAUUGAGCAAUUUCACUGAUAAAAAUUACAAACAGAACUACAUGGAUAAAAUAAGGGGGCACUACAUUGGAAGCUAUGAGGAUCCAUACAUGCUUCAUUGCAUGAAGGUUGAACAGAUGAAAAGUAAUAAAAAUUACAAAGCAGAUUACGAACUGGACAAAACAUGCUGCUACUUCCCUCAAACUGUUACUCCAGAGUACGAAGCGAUGAAGCACUCUUACCAAUGCAAAGACCAUGUCUACAGGUCCCAUCCUGACACGAUCAAGUUCACCCAAGUCACUGACACUCCAGUAAUGGUGCAAGCCCAGAUCAAUGCUAAGCAGCUGAGUGAUCUGAACUACAAAGCAGCUUACGAGAAGGGAAAAUUCAAAUGCAAUGUCCCCCCCGACGAUCCUUUCUUCAUCCAGUCACGUGUGAAUGCCUACAACCUGAGCAACAAUUGUUACAAGGACAGCUGGGAGAAAGCCAAAGCCAAGCACUGUGAUAUCAGACUGGAUGCUGUCCCUCUGAUUGCAGCCAAAGCACAGAGUAUUAUCUCAAGCAAUGUCAAGUACAAAAAAGACUACGAAAAAUCCCGCGGGAAACACGUCGGAGCUCGGAGCAUAGAGGACGACCCCAAGAUCUUACACUCUGUGCACGUGGCUAAGAUGCAGAGCGAGCGCGAGUACAAAAAGGAAUACGAGAAGACAAAGACCAAGUAUCACUCCCCGCUCGACAUGAUCCAGGUCUCGCAUGCCAAAAAGUCUCAGGACAUUGCCAGCAACCUGGGCUACAAACAGCAGAGAAAUCGUUACUUUUUGCCUCCCGACAGCUUGUCUUUGGAACUGGCAAAGAAGGCCUAUGGUCUACAGAGUGACAUUGAAUAUAAAUCCGAAUAUAAUCAAGGGCAAAAGGGGACUGGCUGGAUUCCUUUUGGCUCUGUGGAUGUUGAAAAAGCCAAGAGAGGAAUGGAGAUCCUUAAUGAAAAAAAAUACCGCCAACCUCCAGACACCAUCAAAUUUACGUCAAUUGAUGACUCGCCAGAGGUGGUCCUGGCGAAAAUUAACCAGCAACAGAGGAGUGACCUGAAAUACAAAGAGAAAGGAGAGAAGAUUAUCCACAAGUACACCUACCCUCCAGAUCUGCCGGAGUUCAUCCAGGCCCGAGUCAACGCUUAUAAUAGCAGUAACAAUUGCUACAAAAAUGCUUGGAAAGAGGACAUAGCAAAAGGAUAUCACCUCACCUACGAUGCUAUCCCAAUCCUGGCUGCUAAGGCUGCCCGAAAUCACGCCAGUGACGUGAAGUACAAACAGGCCUAUGAAAAGGCCAGGGGCAAACACGUGGGCUUCCGAAGCCUGCAGGAUGACCCCAAGUUGGUCCACUCCAUGCAUGUAGCCAAGAUGCAGUCUGAGCGCGAGUACAAGAAAAACUACGAGAAGAGUAAGACCAAGUACCACACACCACUGGACAUGAUCAACAUCACUGCUGCCAAGAAGUCCCAGGAAGUGGCCAGCAACACCAACUACAAACAGCCGAUCCACAACUACACCUACCUUCCCGACGCCAUGAACGUGGAGCUGUGCAAAAACAUGAUGAACAUCCAGAGCAACAUCAAUUACAAAUACGAUUACAAUAACUGGUUUAAAGGCAUCGGCUGGAGCCCGCACGGCUCAAUAGAAGUGGAGACAGCCAAGAAGGCUGGAGAGGUCCUGAAUGAGCAUAAAUACAGGCAACACCCAGACACCAUCAAGUUUACCAGUGUGCCUGACUCGAUGGAAAUGGUUCUGGCCAAGGGCAACUCACUGCAGCUGAAUGACAAACUCUACAGAUCUGGAGGAGAAAAGGUGAAACACAAGUACACCUUUCCCCACGACCUACCACAGUUCAUCCAAGCCAGAUACAACGCCACCAACAUCAGCGAUACAUGCUACAAAGAUGCCUGGCAGAAAACACUGGCUAAAGGUCACCACGUGCAGGCAAAUGCCAUCCCUAUUGUUGCAGCCAAAGCAUCAAGAAAUAUUGCUAGUGAUUACAAAUACAAACAGGCCUAUGAAAAGGCCAGGGGCAAACACGUGGGCUUCCGAAGCCUGCAGGAUGACCCCAAGUUGGUCCACUCCAUGCAUAUAGCCAAGAUGCAGUCUGACCGUGAGUACAAGAAAGACUACGAGAAGAGUAAGACCAAGUACCACACACCGGCGGACAUGGUCAACAUCACUGCUGCCAAACAGUCCCAGGACAUUGCUAGCAACAUCAACUACAAAAAACUGAUCCAUCACUACACCUACCUGCCCGAUGCCAUGAACCUGGAGCUGUCCAGAAACAUGAUGAACAUCCAGAGCAACAAUUUGUACAAACAAGAUUACAAUAACUGGGUGAAGGGUUUGGGCUGGAUACCAAUCGGCUCGGUGGACGUGGAGAAAGCCAAGAAGGCUGGAGACGUUCUGAAUGAGCAUAACUACAGACAGCACCCAGACACCAUCAAAUUCACCAGUGUGCCUGACUCGAUGGAAAUGGUUCUGGCCACAAGCAACUCCAAACAACUCAGUGAUCUCAACUACAAGAAAUCCGGUGAAGAGGUGAAGCACAAAUACACACUGAACCUCGACUACCCAGCUUUCCUACAAGCAAAGGUCAAUGCUUUCAACUUGAGUGAGAACCGCUACAAGCACAAUUGGCAGAAAUCCCUGGCUAAAGGCUAUGACUUGCGAUCAGAUGCCAUUACGAUCAAAGCGGCCAAAGCUUCAAGAAACAUUGCGAGUGAUUACAAGUACAAGGAGGCCUACGAAAAGGCCAGGGGCAAACACGUGGGCUUCCGAAGCCUGCUGGACGAUCCCAAGCUGGUCCACUCCAUGCAUAUCGCCAAGAUGCAGUCUGACCGUGAGUACAAGAAAGACUACGAGAAGAGUAAGACCAAGUACCACACGCCGGCGGACAUGGUCAACAUCACCGCUGCCAAACAGUCCCAGGAUAUCGCUAGCAACAUCAACUACAAAAAACUGAUCCACCACUACACCAUCCUGCCCGAUGCCAUGAGCCUGGAGCUGUCCAGGAAAAUGAUGAACAUCCAGAGUGAUAACAAUUACAAAGCAGAUUACAAUAACUGUUUGAGAGGCAUUGGUUGGAUUCCAGCCGGUUCCCUGGAUGUUGAGAAGGCCAGGAAAUCAACGGAUAUAGCAAGUGAGAGGAAAUACCGCCAGCACCCAGAUACCUUUCCAUUCACAAGCGUCACUGAUUCUCUUGAACUUGUUCUGGCCAAAGCUAAUGCAGACAUUAUGAACAAGAAAUUAUAUACUGGAGAAUGGGAAAAAGCCAAGACCAAGGUCCAUAUUAUGCCAGACGCACCAGAGUUUGUGUUGUCCAGAUAUAACCAGCACAACAUGAGUGAGAAAAUGUACAGAUCGGGCUGGGAGGAAUCGAAGAAGAAGGGUUACAACCUGAUGCCUGAUGCCAUUUCAAUAAAGGCUGCAAAGAAAACAGGGGACAUUGCCAGCAAUUAUAAGUACAAGCUGGCGUAUGAGAAGGAGAAGGGCAAGCAAAUUGGUUUCCGUAGCCUGCAGGACGAUCCCAAGCUUGUGCACUUCAUGCAAGUGGCCAAGAUGCAGUCGGAUCGCGAAUACAAGAAAGCUUACGAAAAGACUAAAACCAAGUACAAGACCCCCUUGGACAUGUUCAGCAUCACAGCCGCAAAGACCUCCCAGGAUCUGGUCAGCAACAUCCACUACAAGAAGCUUAUCCACAAUUACAUGGUCCUGCCUGAUUCCAUAAGCAUGAAACUGGCGAGGAACAUGAUGAACAUACAGAGCGAUAACCUCUACAAGUCAGAGUACAAUGAUUUCAUGAAGGGCAUCGGCUGGUUUCCCGAUGGCUCAGUGGACCACGAAAAGAACAAGAAAGCGUCAAGUUUGAUAAGCGAGAAAAACUACCGGCAGCACCCGGAAAACUUCAAGUUCACAAUCAUGACUGAUUCCAUUCCCUUCGAGCUGGCCAAGUCUAACAGCCAGAUUAUGAAUGCGCAAUCAUACAAAGUUGCCUGGGAGAAAGACAAGACUAAGAUUCACGUGAUGCCCGACACGCCUGAAAUCAUUCUCGCCAAAGCGAACCAAUACAACAUGAGUCAGAAAAUGUACAGGCAAAGUAUGGAAGACUCAAAGAAGAAGGGUUAUGACCUGCGUGUGGAUGCCAUCCCUAUCAAAGCUGCCAAAAAAUCGAGAGAUAUCGCAAGUGAUUACAAAUAUAAGAGCGCUUACGAAAAGGACAGAGGAAAGCAUAUUGGUUUCCGCAGCCUACAGGACGACCCCAAACUGGUCCAUUACAUGAACGUUGCCAAGAUGCAGUCAGACCGUGAGUAUAAGAAAAACUACGAGAAGAGUAAGACCCGGUACCACACGCCGGUGGACAUGCUCAGUGUGAUCGCUGCCAAGAAGUCCCAGGAAGUGAACACCAACAUCAACUACAAGCAAGAGUUCCGCAAGUACACUUACCUGCCGGAUGCCGUCAACCUGGAACUCUGCAAGCACAUGAUGGCGAUACAGAGCGAUAACAAAUACAAGACGGACCUCGAGUGGCUGAAGGGCAUCGGGUGGAGCCCGGUCGGCUCGCUGGAUGUUGAAAAGGCCAAGAAGGCGACGGAGAUUAUCAGCGAGAAAAACUACAGGCAGCGGCCAGAUAGUUUCAAGCACACCACCUUGAGUGACUCCGUGGAAAUGGUCCUGGCCAAAGCGAAUUCAGAAGCAAUGAACAAGCACCAGUACGUACAAGACUGGGAGAAAGACAAGAUCAAGGUUCACAUGAUGAUGGACACUCCAGAGAUUUUACAAGCCAAUGCCAAUAAAAUCACCUACAGCGACAAUUUGUACAAACAGGCUUGGCUGGAAUCCAAGAAAAAGGGAUAUGUCUUGACACCUGACGCAAUCUCAGUAAAGGCAGCCAAAACCUGCCAAGCUAUCGCAAGCGACUACAAGUACAAGACGGGUUACCGCAAGCAGGUAGGUCACCACGUGGGAUGCCGUGACAUUCAGGACGACCCCAAGAUGGUCUGGUCGAUGCAUGUGGCCAAGAUUCAGAGCGACAGGGAGUACAAGAAGGACUUUGAGAAGAGCAAGACCAAGUACAACAUGCCGGUGGACACCCUGGACAACCUGUUGGCCAAGAAAUGCCAGACUCUGGUCAGCGACAUUGACUACAGACACCACCUGCACCAGUGGACCUGUCUGCCCGACCAGAACGACGUGAUCCUGGCGCGGAAGGCCUACAACUUGCAGAGCGAUAUCUUGUACAAACUAGACAUGCAGUGGCUGAAGGGAAUCGGCUGGAAUAUUGCAGGAUCGCUGGAUGUGGAAAAAGCCAAAAAAGCCGGAGAGAUCCUGAGCGAGCAUAAAUAUCGGCAGCACCCAGCCACCUUGAAAUUCACCUGCGAUCCCGAAUCAAUGGAUCUGGUUCUAGCUAAGAGCAAUGCACUGAUACUGGACAAGAAACGUUACACAGAGGCCUGGGAGAAAGACAAGACAAAGGUUCAUGUCACAGCUGAUGCUCCUGAGAUCCAGCUGGCAAAAGUAAACUCGUUUAACAUUAGCGAAAAAAUGUACAAACUGGGAUACGAAGAGUUAAAGAAGAAAGGUUACGACCUCACAGGCGAUGCCAUUUCCAUCAAACUCGCAAAAGCUUCCAGGGACAUCGCCAGCGAUUACAAGUACAAGACGGGUUACCGCAAGCAGGUAGGUCACCACGUGGGAUGCCGCGACAUUCAGGACGACCCCAAGAUGGUCUGGUCGAUGCACGUGGCUAAGAUUCAAAGCGACAGAGAGUACAAGAAGGACUUUGAGAAGAGCAAGACCAAGUACAACAUACCAGUGGACAUGCUGGACAUCCAGUUGGCCAAGAAAUGCCAGACUCUGGUCAGCGAUAUUGACUAUAGGCACUACCUGCACCAGUGGACCUGUCUGCCCGACCAGAACGACGUGAUCCAGGCGCGGAAGGCCUACAACUUGCAGAGCGAUAACUUGUACAAACUAGACCUGGAGUGGCUGAAGGGCAUUGGCUGGAUUCCGACUGAAUCGCUGGACGUGGCAAAAGCCAAGAAAGCCGGAGAGAUCCUGAGUGAGAGUAAAUAUCGGCAGCGCCCGGACAUCUGGAAAUUCACCAGCGUGCCCGAUUCUAUCGACCUGGUCCUGGCUAAGAGCAAUGCUCUGGCAAUGAACAAGAAACUUUACACAGAGGCGUGGGAGAAGGACAAAACACAGAUUCACGUCAUGCCUGACACCCCUGAGAUCAUCCUGGCUAAAGCGAACACCAUCAACAUUAGUGAUAAAAUGUACAAACUGGGAUACGAAGAGUUAAAGAAGAAAGGUUACGAUCUCACGGUCGAUGCCAUUUCCAUCAAACUCGCAAAAGCUUCCAGGGAUAUCGCCAGCGAUUACAAGUACAAGACGGGUUACCGCAAGCAGGUAGGUCACCACGUGGGAUGCCGCGACAUUCAGGACGACCCCAAGAUGGUCUGGUCGAUGCACGUGGCCAAGAUUCAGAGCGACAGGGAGUACAAGAAGGACUUUGAGAAGAGCAAGACCAAGUACAACAUACCAGUGGACAUGCUGGACAUCCAGUUGGCCAAGAAAUGCCAGACUCUGGUCAGCGACAUUGACUACAGACACCACCUGCACCAGUGGACCUGUCUGCCCGACCAGAAUGACGUGAUCCAGGCGCGGAAGGCCUACAACUUGCAGAGCGACAACUUGUACAAAAUGGACCUGCAGUGGCUGAAGGGCAUUGGCUGGGCUCCAGUCGGAUCGGUGGAUUUGGAAAAAGUCAAAAAAGCUGGAGAUAUCCUGAGCGAGAGUAAAUAUCGACAGCAUCCGGACAUCUGGAAAUUCACCAGCGUGACCGACUCUUUGGAUCUGGUCCUGGCUAAAGCUAACGCACAGAAUAUGAACAAGCGUGCGUACGUAAAAGCCUGGGAAGAUGAGAAGGCUAAUAUUCACAUCAUGCCAGAUACCCCGGAAAUAUUGUUAGCGAAACAGAACCAGAUUGUGUGCAGUGAGAAACAGUAUAGACUUGGAUUGGAGGAAUCAAAGAAAAAGGGCUAUCACUUACGAAGUGACGCCAUAGCAAUCAAAGCUGCAAAAGCUUCUAGAGAUAUCGCCAGUGACUACAAGUACAAGACGGGUUACCGGAAACAGGUAGGUCACCAUGUGGGAUGCCGUGACAUUCAGGACGACCCCAAGAUGGUCUGGUCGAUGCACGUGGCGAAGAUUCAGAGCGACAGGGAGUACAAGAAGGACUUUGAGAAGAGCAAGACCAAGUACAACAUACCAGUGGACAUGCUGGACAUCCUUUUGGCCAAGAAAUGCCAGACUCUGGUCAGCGACAUUGACUACAGACACUACCUGCACCAGUGGACAUGUCUGCCCGACCAGAACGACGUGAUCCAGGCGCGGAAGGCCUACAACUUGCAGAGCGACCUCCAGUACAAGUGCGACCUCCAGUGGCUGAAAGGCAUCGGCUGGGUCCCGCAUGGAUCUCUGGAGGUUGAGAAGGUCAAAAAGGCUGGAGAGAUCCUCAGUGAGAAUAAAUACCGCCAGCACCCUGCCAACUUCAAGUUCUCCAGCUUGAUGGAUUCAAUACCCAUGACAUUGGCAAAGGCUAACUCACAUAUACUCAACCAGCAACUCUACACUGAAGCAUGGGAAAAGGACAAGCUUAAUAUUCACAUCAUGCCAGACACGCCAGCAAUCCUACUCGCAAACCAAAACAAAAUCAAUUUCAGCGAGAAACAAUACCGACUUGCGAUGGAAGAGUCAAAGAAGAAGGGAUAUGAUCUGAGAGCGGACGCUAUCUCCAUCAAGGCUGCCAAAAAAUCCAAUGACAUCGCCAGUGACUACAAGUACAAGACGGGUUACCGCAAGCAGGUAGGUCACCACGUGGGAUGCCGUGACAUUCAGGAUGACCCCAAGAUGGUCUGGUCGAUGCACGUGGCCAAGAUUCAGAGCGACAGGGAGUACAAGAAGGACUUUGAGAAGAGCAAGACCAAGUACAACAUACCAGUGGACAUGCUGGACAUCCAGUUGGCCAAGAAAUGCCAGACUCUGGUCAGCGACAUUGACUACAGACACCACCUGCACCAGUGGACCUGUCUGCCCGACCAGAACGACGUAAUCCAGGCGCGGAAGGCCUACGACUUGCAGAGCGAUAACUUGUACAAACUAGAUAUGCAGUGGAUGAAGGGUGUCGGCUGGAGUAUUGCAGGAUCGCUGGAUGUGGAAAAAGCCAGGAAAGCUGGAGAGAUCCUGAGUGAGAAAAAAUAUCGUCAGCCCGCUGAUAGCUGGAAAUUCACCAGCGAUCCCGAUUCUAUCGAACUGGUCCUGGCUAAGGCUAACGCACAGAUUAUGAACAAGCGUGCGUACAUAGAAGCCUGGGAAGCUGAGAAGACUCAGAUUCACGUCAUGCCAGACACCCCGGAAAUAUUGUUAGCGAAACAGAACCAAAUUACGUGCAGCGAGAAACAGUAUAGGCUUGGCUUGGAGGAAUCAAAGAAGAAGGGCUACCACUUACGAAGUGACGCCAUAGCGAUCAAGGCUGCAAAAGCUUCCAGAGAUAUCGCCAGUGACUACAAGUACAAGACGGCUUACCGCAAGCAGUUAGGUCACCACGUGGGAUGCCGUGACAUUCAGGACGACCCCAAGAUGGUCUGGUCGAUGCACGUGGCCAAGAUUCAGAGCGACAGGGAGUACAAGAAGAACUUUGAGAAGAGCAAGACCAAGUACAACAUACCAGUGGACAUGCUGGACAUACUGUUGGCCAAGAAAUGCCAGACUCUGGUCAGCGAUAUUGACUACAGACACUACCUGCACCAGUGGACCUGUCUGCCCGACCAGAACGACGUGAUCCAGGCACGAAAGGCCUACAACUUGCAGAGCGACAUUUUGUACAAAGCGGAUUUGGAUUGGAUUCGAGGAGUUGGAUGGAGUCCUGUUGAAUCCCUGGAUGUUCUGAAGGCUAAGAAGGCUGGAGAGAUCAUCAGUGAGAAGUGUUAUCGUCAACCUCCUGACAAGCUUAAGUUCACAAGCAUCACUGACUCUCCUGAGCUUGUGUUAGCCAAGAAUAAUGCCCAGCAGCUCAGCAAAUACUUGUACACAGAGGCCUGGAAUAAUGACAAAACCAGCAUUCAUGUAAUGCCAGACACUCCAGAAAUCCUACUGGCCAAAGCCAACUCAGCCAUCAUCAGCCAGAAUCUUUACCGCAAGGCCUGGGAGGAAUACAAACGCAAGGGAUAUGACUUGCGAGUGGAUGCUAUUCCAAUCAGGGCUGCACGAGCUUCCAGAGAUAUCGCCAGCAUGUAUAAAUACAAAGCUGAAUACGAAAAAACGAGGGGGCACCACGUGGGAUGCCGCGACAUUCAGGACGACCCCAAGAUGGUCUGGUCGAUGCACGUGGCCAAGAUUCAGAGCGACAGGGAGUACAAGAAGGACUUUGAGAAGAGCAAGACCAAGUACAACAUACCAGUGGACAUGCUGGACAUCCAGUUGGCCAAGAAAUGCCAGACUCUGGUCAGCGACAUUGACUACAGACACUACCUGCACCAGUGGACCUGUCUGCCCGACCAGAACGACGUGAUCCAGGCGCGGAAGGCCUACAACUUGCAGAGCGACUGGUUGUACAAGUCUGACCUGGAAUGGAUCCGCGGUUGUGGAUGGCUGCCUCACGAAUCCAUUGACGUCAAAAAAGUGAAGAAAGCCCAGGAGAUCAUCAGUGAGCAUCAUUACCGUCAGCCUGUCGAUCAGUUGAAAUUCACCAGCAUCAUUGAUCCUCCCAGCAUCGUCCUGGCUAAAACCAACGCAGAACAACAGAGCGAACGUUUGUACCACAGUGCUUGGGAGAAGGACAAGACCAAUAUUCACCUUCCAAAGGAUACCCCGGCGAUGUUGCUGUCCAAGCAGAAUUCGGCCAACAUCAGCUUGAAAUUAUACAGGCUCGGUUGGGAAGAAGCAUUGAAGAAAGGGUACAACUUAACACCUGAUGCCAUAUCUAUCAAAGCCGCCAGAGCUUCAAGAGAUAUUGCUAGUGAUUACAAGUACAAGACGGGUUACCGCAAGCAGUUAGGUCACCACGUGGGAUGUCGUGACAUUCAGGACGACCCCAAGAUGGUCUGGUCGAUGCACGUGGCCAAGAUUCAGAGCGACAGGGAGUACAAGAAGAACUUUGAGAAGAGCAAGACCAAGUACAACAUACCAGUGGACAUGCUGGACAUCCUUUUGGCCAAGAAAUGCCAGACUCUGGUCAGCGACAUUGACUACAGACACUAUCUGCACCAGUGGACCUGUCUGCCCGACCAGAACGACGUGAUCCAGGCGCGGAAGGCCUACAACUUGCAGAGCGACUGGUUGUACAAGUCUGACCUGGAAUGGAUCCGCGGUUGUGGAUGGCUGCCUCACGAAUCCAUUGACGUCAAAAAAGUCAAGAAAGCCCAGGAGAUCAUCAGUGAGCAUCAUUACCGUCAGCCUGUCGAUCAGUUGAAAUUCACCAGCAUCAUUGAUCCCCCCAGCAUCGUCCUGGCUAAAACCAACGCAGAACAACAGAGCAACAUGAAAUACAAGGAAGCAUGGGAGAAAGACAAGACUCAGAUUCACAUCCUUCCUGAUACUCCUGAAAUCCUGUUGGCGAAAGCCAAUAGUGCCAACAUCAGUGAGAAACUUUACAAGCAGGGCUGGGAGAAUGUGAAGCACGGCAUUGACAUGCGUGCUGAUUCUAUCCUGAUUCGAGGCGCGAAAGCUUCCAGAGACAUUGCAAGUGACUAUAAGUACAAGACGGCUUACCGCAAGCAGUUAGGUCACCACGUGGGAUGCCGUGACAUUCAGGACGACCCCAAGAUGGUCUGGUCGAUGCACGUGGCCAAGAUUCAGAGCGACAGGGAGUACAAGAAGGACUUUGAGAAGAGCAAGACCAAGUACCACAUACCAGCGGACAUGCUGGACAUCCUUUUGGCCAAGAAAUGCCAGUCCCAGGUCAGCGAAAUUGACUACAGACACUACCUGCACCAGUGGACCUGUCUGCCCGACCAGAAUGACGUGAUCCAAGCACGGAAGGCCUAUGACUUGCAGAGCGAUAAUCUUUAUAAAGCGGAUCUGGAGUGGCUGCGUGGAAUUGGAUGGAGUCCAACUGACUCAAUAGACGUCAAGAAAGUCAAGCAUGCUCAGGACAUUCUGAGCGAGAGGAGCUACCGCACGAGAGCGGACGUGCACCCGUUUACGUCGGUGACAGACCGGGUUGACUUUGUCACGGCAAAACUGAGCGGUGACAUCCUGAAUGACGUCAAGUACCGGGAAGCGUGGCACAACGAAAAGGGAAAUUUCACACUGAUUGAUUCACCCAAUCUGGCUAUGGCACGGGAAGCUGCUAAGAACAUGAAUAACAAACUGUACAAAGAAGCUUGGGAGAAAAACAAGACCAACAUCAACGUACAGAGUGAUGCAGUGGCCAUCCGUCACGCCAAGUUAAGUCAAGGCAUACAGAGUGAGCUGAAAUAUAAAGCUGCUUUUAUCAAGCAAAGAGGUCACCACGUGGGAUGCCGUGACAUUCAGGACGACCCCAAGAUGGUCUGGUCGAUGCACGUGGCCAAGAUUCAGAGCGACAGGGAGUACAAGAAGAACUUUGAGAAGAGCAAGACCAAGUACAACAUACCAGCGGACAUGCUGGAAAUCCUGUUAGCCAAGAAAUGCCAGUCCCAGGUCAGCGAAGUUGACUACAGACACUACCUGCACCAGUGGACCUGUCUGCCCGACCAGAACGACGUGAUCCAGGCACGGAAGGCCUACGACUUGCAGAGCGACAACUUGUACAAGUCGGAUCUGGAAUGGGUCCGUGGAUGUGGCUGGAUUCCUCUGGACUCGGUUGAGCACCAGAAGGUGAAAAAGGCACAGGAGAUACUGAACCAAAAACUCUACAAGCAAGACGCUAUUGCCAACUUUGCCAAGUUGACCUCGAUUACCGAUGCGCCAGACGUGGUUCUGUCCAGGAUAAACACGUAUAACUUGAGCGAUUUGAGAUACAAAGAGACAUUUAACCUGGAGAAGGGCACGUACAUUGGUUCCGCUGACACACCCCAAUUGGCUCAUUCAAGAGAAAUGGCAAAGGUCAUCAGUGAGAAAUCAUAUAAAGAUCUAUGGGACAGGAGUAAAGCCAUAGGAUACAGCCUGGAUCAAGACUACCUGCCUCUGGUUUAUGCCAAAAACUCUAAGAACAUAGCCAGUGAUCUGAAGUAUAAAGAACUGUAUGAAAAGCACAAGGGCCACUACAUGGCUGGGGGAAGUAUCAAAGACUUCCCCUCUGUGGUCCAUUGCUUGGCUGUGGACAAAAUGAGAAACAUGCUCGAUUACAAGAAGAGCUACGAAAAAUCCAAGUUCAAGGUGCACAUACCCAAUGAUAUGGUCAGCCAUGUUUUGGCAAAGAAAUGUCAACAGAUCCUCAGUGAUCUUGAAUACCGCACUUACCUGCACCAAUGGACCUGCCCCCUUGAUGAGCAAGAUGUCAUCCACGCUAGGAAAGCCCAAGAGAUCCUAAGUGAUGUUCUGUACAAGGAUGAUUUGACCUGGCUGAAAGGAAUAGGUUGUUAUGCUUGGGACACACCAGAAAUAUUGAGAGCCAAACAAGCGUAUGAACAGCAGAGCGAGAUCAAGUACAGAGUUUCUGGUAAGAAGAACUUUGAAAACUACACUGUGAUUAUGGAUACCCCAGGGUAUGUGACAGCUGUCCAUGGAGCGAAUGUGUUAAGUGAUGCUAAAUACAAAGCAAAUUAUGAGAAGACGAAGGAUAAAUACACAACUGUUUUGGAGACUGUGGAUUAUGACAGGACCAACAACCUGAAGAGCUUGUUCAGUAGUAAUGCUUACAAAAUGCUCUGGGACAAGGUGAAAGCAACAAGCUACAGUAUGCCAUCGGAUGCCUUCUCAAUAGCUCUUAAUAAGAAGCAGCAAAUCGCGGCCAGCCCACUAAAAUACCGCGAAGAUUAUGAGAAGUUUAAGGCUCUGUACACCAUACCCAGUUCGGUAGAGGAUGAUCCACUUACACUGCACUGCCUGAAAGUUGGGAAGCUUACCUUGGAUCGCCUGUACAGAAAGAAUUAUGAAUUGAACAAAGCGAAAGUACACAUUGUGCCGGACAUGCUGGAGGUGGUCGCUGCCAGAGACACACAGAACAAAGUCAGCGAGGUCGACUACCGCACGUAUCUUCAUCAAUGGACCUGCCUUCCCGACAUGAAGAUCAACAUUCACGCCAGGAAAGUCAACGAGCAGCUCAGCGAUAUUAUCUAUAAAGAUGACCUGAACUGGCUUAAGGGAAUCGGGUGCAAUGUCUGGGACACACCAGAGAUCCUCCGAUGCAAGAAAUCCUACGACCAGCACAGUGACAUUAAAUACAGGUCCAAGGCUACGGGCAUGUGGAACCAAUUCACGUCGGUCAUGGACACCCCGACCUACGUUGAUACUGUCGUCAAAACCAAGCCGCACAGUGAUAUUGUCUAUCGUAAUAACUAUAUCACCACCAUCAAAGGCAAAGUGGCUCCAACCACAGAAACCAUAGAUCUGACGAGAGCCAGAGAAGCUGGCAAGCUCCAGAGUGAAAACCUGUACCGGGAAGUGGGCCGGAGCUUGCUCCCCAGCGGAUAUAAGCUGGCAACAGACAUGCCCAUCUUCAAACACAUCAAAAACUGCAAUGCGAUACGUAGCGAUUUGAAGUACAAAGAAGCUUAUGAACACAUGAAGGCUAAAGGUUACCUGCUGGCCCCGGAUACCAUCAGCUUCGUCACAGCCAAGAAAGCAGACAAAAUUCUGAACCAGCGCCUGUAUCGAGAAAAAUACGAGAAAGGAAAGGAUAAGAUUCAUCCUGCCCCCGACACACCAGAAAUCCGCCAAGUCAAAGCUACACAGGAAGCAAUCAGUGACCUGGUGUACAAAUCAAAGUACUUCGAUCAGCGAGGCCAGAUGAUAUCUCUUCCAUUCACGCCCGAGCUUUUGCAUCAUCGCUACGUGGGGGAAAUAACCAGUGAUAACAAAUACAAGGAAGAUCUGAAUUGGCUGAAGGGCAUCGGUUGUUUCUUGUACGAAACUCCAGAGAUGGUCCGUGUUCGUGAUUUCCACAAAUUUGUGACUGGCUACAAGAAGGCGGCCAAGAAAAUGGAGGACAAAUUCACUGGGGUUCUGGACACCCCCGAGUAUCGUCACGUGACGGAAUUGAAGACCCAUUUGAGUAAUCUCGUUUACCGUGCGGCAGGAAAUGACCAGAAGACGAAGUACACUCCCAUCGGCGACAGUGUGGAUCUCAACAGAGCCAAACACGGUCAGAAGAUACAAAGCCAGUAUCUGUACGUGGCGCUGGCCUCAAAGGAAAGGCCCCAUUACACUCUUCAGGCACACACUCCAGCUUUGGAGCACACCAGACAUGUCAAGAAAAUCACCAGCGAGAGAAACUACAAGGAACAGUACGAGAAAAUGAAAUGCAAAUACACUUCCAUCCCGGACACUCCGAUCCUACUGAGGUCUAAGAAAGCAUAUGCGAACGCCAGCGAUCUGCGGUACAAGGAAGCCUUUGAGCACGCCAAGGGUCACUACCACACCGUGAAAGACGCCCUGAACAUCACCUAUCAUCGCAAAGUCACAGACGACAUCAGUGAAGUGAAAUACAGGGAGAAGUACAUCAGACAGCUGGGGCUGUGGAGGUCCAUCGCUGAUCUGCCUGAGCAUUUCCACCACCGCAUGGUCACCGACUCCAUCAGUGAUGUCAAAUACAAAGAAGACCUGACAUGGUUGAAGGGAAUUGGCUGCUUUGUGUGGGAUACCCCUGACCUGGUCCUGGCCGAGAAGAACUCGAAGAUGUACAGUCAGAAUAAGUACAAAGAGUCCUUUGAAAAGAACAGAAACAAGUUUAAAUACACGUCAGACACUCCACACUUCCGACAUGUCAAAGAAGCAGGUGCAAUCCUGGAUGAGAAAUCCUACAAGUCUGAGGCCAAAAUGAUACAGAAGCAAGGAUGCAAUGAAAUUCUACGCCCUGAUAUGCUGACUGCAAUGUACAACUCAAUCUCGGGGAGUCAGUGGAACUACAAGAAAGAUUAUGAGAAGAAAAAGGACAAGUUCACGUCUAUUUUGGAGACUCCUGAAAACUUGCGAACUCAGAAAGUCACUAAGAUGAUCAGUGACAUAUCGUAUAAAUCGGAUUACAACAAAAACAUAUCCAAGGGAUACACUGCUAUACAUGACACACCUUUGCUGCUGCAUAUGCAUAAGAUCAAAGACAGAUCAAGUGCCUUGAAAUACAGGGAACUGUACGAAAAGAACAAAGCUCACUGCAACAUCACACCUGACGCCUUUGACAUCAGAGCCGCGAAGAGUGCCUACAAAAACACGACUAAUCUCGACUACAAGAAGAAAUACGAGGCGACCAAGGCAAAAUGGGUGUGGACAGUGGACAGGCCAGACUUCAUACAGGCUUCCAAGGCUUCGUUGCAGCAGAGUGAUGUGGAGUAUAAGAUGGACAGGGAAUUCCUGAAAGGCUGCAAGCUGUCAGUGCCUGUUUAUGGAGACAAAAACAUGACCCUAGCAGUGAACAACUCAGAUUUGGCCAGUGAUGUUAAAUACAAGUUGAAACAUGAGAAAGAAAGGGGCACUUACAAAGUGGUCCCAGACACACCACAGAUGCUUCACGCCAAAUCAGUCGCUACCAUGAUGUCCGAGAAAAAAUACAAAGAAGCUGUUAAGAGGGAUCUUCCGCAUGGCACUUACACCAAAUUGCCUGAGACUCGCGAUACUGCCCAUGUUAAACAGGUCUCCAAGCUUCUUAGUGGGAAAGUGUACAAGGAGAAGUUUGAGAAGGAACGAGGCAAAUCCACCUAUUCCAACAUGGUGAAACCUCCGGAGAUCAUACACGCCAUGAACGUAGCCAAGAACCAGAGCAAUAUUCAAUACAAGAAAGAUGCAAAAUCCAACCUUUCUUACUCAUCCGUGGCAGAUCGGCCAGACAUCAAGAAGGCCACUGAAGCUACCAAGUUAAUUAGCGAUAUCGGGUAUCGAACCAAAGCUCGUGAGGAAGCAAGCCGUGGGAUAAUCAGCCUCGGUCGCCCCGACAUAGAACUCGCAAAAGAAGUGUCUAAACUCACAAGCCAGGUGGAAUACAAGAAACACAAACUCAGGGGCCAUGGAGCUGCGUCAUAUGACACCCCCACGAUGAGACAAGCAAAGAAAGCAAAUGUCCUGACAAGUGAUAUUAAAUACAAGGAGAAGUUUGAUAAGGAGAUGAAGGAGCAGAGACCAAAGUUUGACCUGAAGGAGAGCACAGUAUACAAGACAAUGAAGGAUGCGAACAUUCUCGCCAGUGAAGUGAUAUACAAGCAGGACCUGAAGAAGUUGCACAAGCCGGUGACGGACAUGUCCGAAUCCCUGCAGAUGCAGCACAACCUCGCCACCAGCAAGUUGGCGAGUCAAUAUCGAUACAAGAAGGAGUUUGAGUCGAGUAAGGGUCACUACCAGCUGGUGCCCGAUACACCUGAACAAAUUCAUCUAAAGGAGGCAACCGAGUUACAGAGUCAAGUCAAGUACAAGGAAAAGUACGAGAAGGAAAGAGGAAAGCCAAUGUUGGACUUUGAAACUCCAGUCUAUCUGACUGCCAAGGAGUCCCAGCAAAUGCAGAGUGGGAAAGAAUAUAGGAAGGAUUUUGAAGAGUCCAUUAAAGGCAGGAACCUUACUGGCUUGGAGAUUACCCCAGCAAUGUUGCAUGCCAGAUACGCAACCAAAAUAGCCUGUGAGAAAGAGUACAGGAGGGAUCUAGAGGAAGGUGUCAAGGGCCACGGCCUAACCAUGGUUGAGGACACUCCAGACCUACUGCGAGCAAAGAAUGCAACUUCCAUUCUGAAUGAGAGACGGUAUAAGAGGUCACUAGAGGAGGAGAUCAAGGGCAAAGGGCUUGUAGCACUUGCAGCAGAAACACCGGAAUUUUUCAGAGCAAAGAACGCCACCGAUAUUUUAAGUCAGGUAAAAUAUAAGUCUUCAGCCGAGAAGGAGAAAUCUAACUACACGACUGUCAUUGACACACCUGAGAUAAUUCACGCUCAGCACAUGAAGACUAUGGUCAGCCAGAAAAAGUACAAGGAGGAAGCCGAGAGGUCCAUGUCUCACUAUGUACCAGUGAUAGACACACCUGAGAUGCAGAGAGUCCGAGAGAACCAGAAAAACUUCAGUGCACUUCAGUACACCACAGACCUUAAAAACAUUAAAGGAAAGGUUACUGCAGUAAAAGACACACCUGAAAUCCUGCGAGCUAAGGAAAACCAAAAGAAUUUCAGCUUGAUUGCAUAUAAAGAACAGAUUGGUUCAGGGACAUCUAUUAAAGAAACACCAGAGAUGGAGAGAGUCAAAAGAACACAGGAGGCCAUUAGCUCGAUUAAAUACAAGGAAAGUGUUGGGCAAGGAACUUCAAUUGCUGACCUGCCAGAGGUGAAGCGAGUAAAGGAGACACAAAGGAACAUCAGCUCGAUUAAAUAUAAGGAAAGUGUUGGGCAAGGAACCGCAAUCUCCGACCUGCCAGAGGUGAAGCGUGUAAAGGAGUCCCAGAAGAACAUCAGCUCGAUUAAAUAUAAGGAAAGUGUUGGGCAAGGAACCGCAAUCUCCGACCUGCCAGAGGUGAAACGUGUAAAGGAGUCCCAGAAGAACAUCAGCUCGAUUAAAUACAAGGAAACUGUUGGGCAAGGAACUGCAAUGCCUGACUUGCCAGAGAUGAAGCGUGUAAAGGAGAACCAGAAGAACAUUAGCUUGAUUAAAUACAGGGAAAAUGUUGGGCAAGGAAUUGCAAUCAGUGACCUGCCAGAGGUGAAACGUGUAAAGGAGACACAGAACCACAUUAGCUCGAUCAAAUACAAGGAUUCCAUUGGGCAAGGAACCGCAAUCUCUGACCUGCCAGAGGUGAAACGUGUUAAGGAGACACAGAAGAACAUCAGCUCGGUCUUAUACAAAGAGAACCUAGGCAAAGGAACCGCAGUGAUAUACACACCAGAGAUGCAACGGGUCAAACGCAAUCAAGAAAACAUUAGCUCGGUCCUGUAUUCUGACAGUUUCCGUAAACAAGUGCAAGGAAGGGCUGCGUAUGUGCUGGAUACACCAGAGAUGAGGCGCGUGAGAGAUUCGCAGCGAAUCAUUUCAACGGUGAAAUACCACGAGGACUUUGAAAAGACCAAGGGAAGCUUCACACCUGUAGUCACUGAUCCGAUCACUGAGCGUGUAAAGAAAAACAUGCAGGACUUCAGUGACCUGAACUACCGUGGAAUCCAGAGACGGGUGGUCGAGAUGGAAAAGAGACGCGUAGAGCCACAAGAAGGAGAGACUCUCACAGAUUUGCGUGUGUGGCGUACAAAUCCUGGCUCAGUCUUUGACUAUGAUCCAGCUGAAGACAACAUUCAGUCCAGGAGUUUACACCUGUUAAGCAUGCAGGCUCAGCGUCGCAGUAGAGAGCACUCCCGCUCUGCCAGUGCACUGAGCCUGAGCGGAGGUGAUGAGAAGUCUGAAGGUUCUGAACCCGAACACGUCAUUUCCUAUGGCAAUGGAACCACCUUUUUUCAUACCACAACAACCUACCAACAUGCCAAAACUACUGAAGUGCAACAGAGAUCUUCUUCUGUUGCCACUCAACAGACAAAUGUAUCAUCUAUUCCAUCUCAUCCCUCAACUACCGGAAGAACCUACCGUGCCAUGUACGAUUAUGCUGCAGCUGACGCCGAUGAGAUCUCUUUCAAAGACGGUGAUGUCGUUAUGAACGUUCAAUCUAUUGAUGAAGGAUGGAUGUAUGGAACGGUCCAGAGGACUGGGCAGACAGGUAUGCUGCCUGCCAACUACAUGGAUGCCAUUUAAAGCCAGAUCAACCCUUCUGAGAAGUCUUCCCCACUGCACUAAAAGCAAAAUUAAAAAAAAAAUUCAACCGGUAAUUUAAUUAUCAUUUAGUUUUCCUGACUGGAACGUUUAGGGUCAAAUAAAAACAAACUAUAAGCACAGUAUCUUCCAGUCACUUGCAAUCCAAUAACUUUACAGAACAUCUGCAAGAAUAAUAAAUCCUAGGCAGACACAAUUUCUGCCUAUGUUGUCCCAUUAGUCUACUGAGAUUUUCAGCAAUUAAACCAUUUAGCAAUUGAAACUUCUGUAAGCAGUGUGUUCAGAGAAUUGUACAAUUCACAUGAGGGACUGAAUGGUCUAAUCAAGUAGACAAUGUGUUGAGUAGCAAAAACUUGUAUUUCUGUCAUAUGGUCAACUUAUUUAAUCAGUUGUAACACUAACAUGGGUUUCUCGGUUCUUUAGGAUAUGUGUAGUUAGUUUGUGAAAUUCUUACAAGAGCUUUUAAAAAUAAUACUCUGGGACACCAGCAUUGAAAUGUCCACAAAAUUGAGAGCAGUUUUAAAGAGGUGGUCAUGGAACUUGUACGCUGACUUGUACUGUCUGUUUUCUCAUUUUCUGCAACCAGCUGUGGGGGUCAAAUAAAGCUCAAAGUUUCCGCA